AUGGCUCCCGCUGCUACUGCCUCCCUCCCCACGGCCCCUCACAACCUCGGCCCUAUCUCCCGGGAACUAUUCCCCGAUGGUCUAAAGACUACCGGCCAACACGCCCCUCUCUACGACCACAUCCUUCCCUUCGAGAAGUUCCCCAAGCAAAUCACCGGCCCUACAGUCUGGAAGGCUGAGGAGUACCGCGAUCACCCCGAGAAAUGGACACACACUUUCACCGAGGAGCAGAUUGCCGAGCUGAGCACUGCUGCUGAUAAAUUCCUCGCGUCCAAGACUCCGUUGACUGGUAUUGAAAAGUCCAACUUUGAACUCCCCACUCUCGCCGCUUACCUGCGCGACCUGCGCGCCGAUCUCAUCGACGGAAAGGGCUUCAUCCUCUUCAAGGGCUUCCCAGUCCAGAAAUGGGGUAACCACAAGUCCGCCGUCGCAUACAUGGGUCUCGGUACAUACCUGGGUUACUUCGUUAGCCAGAACAGUCGCGGCCAUGUCCUCGGUCACGUCAAGGAUCUCGGCGAGGAUUCUACCCAGAUCGAUAAAGUGCGCAUCUACCGCACCAACGCUCGCCAAUACUUCCACGCCGACGACUCGGACAUCGUCGGCCUCCUCUGCAUCGCCAAAGCCCUCGAAGGCGGCGAAUCCGACCUCGUCUCCUCCCACCACGUCUACAACGUCCUAGCCGCCGAACGGCCCGACGUCCUCAAAACCCUAACCGAACCAAUCUGGUACUUCGACCGCAAAGGCGAAACCUCCAAGGGUCAAGAAGAGUACAUCCGCACCAGCGUCAUCUACCUCGAGCGCGGCGAGAACGGUCGCGUCUACACAAAGUGGGACCCUUACUACGUUCGCUCCCUGACCCGCUUCAGCGACGCCGGAAUCAUCCCCGCUCUCUCCGAGGCACAGGAAGAGGCUCUGCGUGUUCUGGAGGAGACUUGCGUCCGUCACUCCUUGCAUAUGGUGCUGGAUAUCGGUGAUAUUCAGUUCUUGAGUAAUGCGCAUAUUCUGCAUGCUCGUACUGCGUACAGGGAUCAUGCGCCGCCGGCGCCAAGGAGGCACUUGAUGAGACUUUGGUUGGCGACGCCUGAGUCGGAGGGUGGGUGGAAGUUGCCUUUCUGGGAUAGUAAUGAAAAGAAGCGUGGUGGUAUUCAGGUUGAUGAUCAGGUUCCUGUUGCGCCGAUUGAUGCGGAAUAG